GUCACCAGCGGACAGAUGAGUUCGUACGACCAGGCGAAGAGAUUUUUCGCCGAGUAUUUUGCUGGAGGCCCACUCGAUAGCGAGCGGAUCCGCAUCCCGAUGGCCGCCUUCGUCUCUGGAUUCACUGCGGCAACUGCUGCGGCCCCGGUCGACCUGGUGCGCUCGCGCGUCAUGGACGACGCCAGAGGUAAUACCCGCGGUGGAGCCUACCAAAGCGCACUGGAUUGUGCUUGGCAGACGGUGAAAGCCGAGGCCUGCCGUCCGCCCGCGGGGCGCGGAGCGCGGCGCUCCCCGCGCGCCGAGGGCGCGCGGUGGGCCACGGCGGCCCCACCGGAGGCGGCGGCGCCGAGGAAGGUGAGUUCGGCGGCCUCCUCGCUGGCGGCAGAUGUCACGGACAGCGAGAUCGAGGAAUUCCUGGAGGGCCUCCUGGAGGGAUUCCGCGCCGCGCCGCCGCAGGGGCGCGGCGUGGCGACCAGCGGCGCGAGCCCGGUCCCGCCAGCGAAGGAGAGGCCCCCGCAGGCAGGGCUCCCAGCGGGCGGCGGAGGCCGCGGCGCGCCCGCGCGGGGAGCGACGGCGCCGGACCCGCUGUUGUCGGUGUUGCGGCGCCACGCGCUGCGGGCGUUCCUGGAGGAGCCCUUCGGCACCGUGGCGGCCGCCUGGGACGCCAUGGCCGGCCUCGCCUUGGACGCAGCGAGCGAGGGCGGGCCCGCACCCGCGGACGGCGCGCCAGAGUUGCCCCGGGACACUCUGAGGCACCGGUUCACAGAGGAGGAACUCACAGGGAUCUUGAUCGGAUUUGGCUACGGCGUGGGCGCUGGACCCAGUUGGUGGCACGCAUUGUUCUGCAGCCUGGAUGUCGACCAGGAUGGAGCGGUGUCGCUGCAGGACAUGUACAGCGCCUUGGUGCUGGACUUGCCGAGCGCAGACGCUUCGGAAGACGGACCUGCGGCGCUGUUUGUCGAUGGAGAUGGCUCCCGGGCGCAUGCGGAGCGGAAAUGGAUCGCACCAG